AUGAAACCAACUUCAUUCUCUCCUUUAUGUGUACCCCUUCCCCCCCCACAACUUUACAUUGAAACGGACCCCACCGUUUCUUUCACUUCAUUCCACAUUUCUAACCAAACUUUCUUUUCUCCUCUUUAUUUGUUCCUUUUCCAUUGUUUCACUCUCUUUUUGCUUAACUCUUCUUCAGAUCCAAAAAUGGCAAGACUUCCAUCUCCCCCACAAAUGCACAUCGCUGUCACUCUCUCAUUCCGCCCGUCUGGGUCUCUCUCUCUCUCUCUCUCUCUCUCUCUCGUCCUUCCCAUCUUUUCUCUCUCGUCCUUCCCAUCUUUUCUCUCUCGUCCUUUCCAUCUUUUCUCUCUCAUCCUUCUCAUUUGGGUCUCUCUCUCUCUCUCUCUCGUCCUUCUCAUCUGGUUCGCGCUCUCUCACCCCCCCAUCUGGCUCGCUCUCACUCUCUCGUUCUUCCCAUCUGUCACUCUCUCUCGUUCUUCCCAUCUGUCACUCUCUCUCGUUCUUCCCAUCUGUCACUCUCUCUCGUUCUUCCCAUCUGUCACUCUCUCUCGUUCUUCCCAUCUGGCUCUCUCUCUCGCCCUUCCCAUCUGGCUCUCUCUAUCAUCCACUCUCAUCUUCCCCAUCUGUGCCUGUGUGCGUAUGUGUGUAUCUAGGUCUCUCUCUUAUCCAACCCCAUCCGAGUCUUUCUUCUCGUCCUUCCCAACUGGGUAUGUCUGUCUCUGUCCAUCUCACUCUUCUCCUCCUAAUCUGGAUCUGUUUGUCUCUGUCCCUCUAUCUCUCUCGUCCUCUCCAUCUGGGUCUGUGUGUGUAUGUGUUGUCUCUCGUCCUCCACAUCUUGGUGUCUCUCUAUUUCUCUCUCACUCACACUCUCGUCUUCUGCAUCUGGGAUUGUCCGUCGUCUCUCUCUCUCUCUCUGGGUCUCUCUCUCUCUCUCUGGGUCUCUCUCUCUCUCUCUCUGGGCCUCUCUCUCUCUCUCUCUCUCUCUCCCCCCAUUGCCGUCUUUACCUCUGCUCUUCUCUGCCCAUUGCCGUCUUUACCGCUACUCUGCCCUGCAUUUUUUCAUCUUUGCUCUGCCCUUUGUCGUCUUCACUCUGCUCUACCCUGCCCUUUGUCGUCUUCACUCUGCUCUGCCCUGCCCUUUGUCGUCUUCACUCUGCUCUGCCCUUUGUCGUCUUCACUCUGCUCUCUCCUUUGCCGUCUUUAGCUCUGAUCUGCAAUUUGACGUCUUUACCUCUGCUGUGCCCAUUGCCGUCUUUACCUCUGCUCUCUCCUUUGCCGUCUUUACCUCUGCUCUCUCCUUUGCCGUCUUUACCUCUGCUCUGCCCAUUGCCGUCUUUACCUCUGCUCUGCCCAUUGCCGUCUUUACCUCUGCUCUGCAGGUUGACGUGUUUAACUCUGGUCUGCCCUUUGCCAUCUUUACCUCUGCCCAUUGCCGUCUUUACCUCAAGCUCUGCUCUUUGCCGUCUGUACCUCUGCUCAGAUCUGCCCAUUGCCGUCUGUACCUCUGCUCAGAUCUGCCCAUUGCCGUCUGUACCUCUGCUCAGAUCUGCCCAUUGCCGUCUGUACCUCUGCUCAGAUCUGCCCAUUGCCGUCUUCUUUACCUCUACCCAUUGUCCUCUGCCCUGCCAAUUGAGGUCUUUAACUCUCCUCUGCUAUCCCCUUUGCUUUCUUUACAUCUACUCUUCGCUUUCCCGUCUUAACCGCUGCUCUGCCCAAUGCCAUCUUUACCUCUGCUCUGAUCUGCGUUUUUCCGUCUUUACCACUGCCCUGCGCUUUGCCGUCAUUACAUCUGCUUUCCCCAUUACCGUCUUUACCUCUGCACCGCCCGUUGACGUGUUUAAAUCUGCUCUGCCAUUGCCGUCUCUCUUUCUUUCUUUUUUGGCAAGUAGAUUUUUUUUUGGUGCCUAUUCUUUACCUCUCCUUUUUCUCCAUCUUCUAUAUAUCCCUGCCCUGCCGAUUGCCGUCCAUACCUUUGCAUGUGGCCGUCUUUUAACUGGGUUCUCCGUCGUUUUACCUCUCAACCCGAUUGCCGUUUUUACCUCUGCCCUGCCGAUUGCAGGUUUUUACCAAUCACACCUGCCGGUGCCGUUCUACCCUGCCGAUCCUCCGUCUGGGUUCCUCUGCCAUGCCGAAAGCCGUCGUUUACCUCUGCCAAUGCCGAUUAGCUCUGUCUCUCUCUCUCUGAAUGUGUUUCUUCUCUCUCUGUCGCUUCAUUUCUUUUCUUUCUCUCUGUCAAACAUUUUUGUCUCUCUCUGUGUCUCUCUUUCUCUCUGUGUGUAUGUGUCUGUCUCUCUUUCUCUCUGUCACUAUCUUUCUCUGUGUGCGUGUGUCUCUCUCUCUCUCUUUCUUUCUCUCUGUCCCUUUCUGUUUCUUCUCUAUUAA